CCAAGACAAGCUCCCUCUCUCCCUCCGUAUCUCUCUCACUCCCUUCUUCGCUCUCGCUUGCGAGACAAAGAUGAGCACCGGUGGUGAUGACGCUUCGACGAUUCAACCCAACAUGACCAUCUACAUCAACAACCUCAACGAGAAGAUCAAAAUCGAUGAACUUAAAAAAUCCCUGCAUGCUGUUUUUUCACAAUUUGGGAAGAUAUUGGAGGUGCUUGCUUUUAAGACGCUGAAACAUAAAGGACAGGCAUGGGUUAUCUUUGAGGAUGUUUCAUCAGCAAAGGAGGCACUCAAGCGGAUGCAAGGAUUUCCAUUCUAUGACAAGCCCAUGAGAAUUCAGUAUGCAAAGACCAAAUCAGAUAUAAUAGCAAAAGCUGAUGGUACUUUUGUCCCUCGUGAAAGACGGAAGAGGCAUGAAGAAAGGGCUGAAAGAAAGCGGCGAGAGCAACAGCUUGAUGCUACCCAAACUGGAUCUGGCCCCUACGGAGCUACACCACCUCUUUCUCAAUUGCCUUAUCCUGGAGGGGCUAAAUCGAUGAUUCCUGAAGCACCAGCACUGCCAAACAGCAUACUCUUCGUUCAGAAUCUUCCCCAUGAGACUACUCCCAUGAUGCUGCAAAUGCUCUUCUGUCAGUAUCCUGGUUUCAAGGAGGUUAGAAUGGUAGAAGCAAAGCCUGGAAUUGCUUUUGUGGAGUAUGGAGAUGAGAUGCAGGCUACACUUGCCAUGCAAGGUCUUCAGGGUUUCAAGAUUACACAACAGAAUCCUAUGCUUAUUACAUAUGCAAAGAAGUAGGCUAUGUGCGAAUUUCUGGUCUGUUUCACUAGGGUUUUCUAUUGGUGCAGCUUUAGCAAGGGUACUUCCUUCAGUCUGGGAAGUUUUGGAUAUUCCAUUUUGGUUGAACAUGUUGAUGUAUCCAAGGGGGAAUUAUAUUAUGUGGAACUUUCUCAUUCUCAACACUGACCAAUUCUCUUCAAGCAUUGGUUUGUCCGUAGAUCUUUUCUCAGGGGCUCCGUUUGUUGGCUUCUGUUCUCUUCA